UGCUUGAAGCCUAACAACCCUCCCUAAAAGCUGCUGUUUGUGUGAGUUGGACUACUUCCACUGGAGAGAGAACUAAAAGCUGGCAGACUCAGCCUCCAUCAUGUGGAACACCUCUGACGCCAACUUCUCCUGCUACCAUGAGUCUGUGCUGGGUUAUCGUUUUGUUGCGGUUAGCUGGGGCAUUGUAGUGGCUGUGACAGGCACUCUGGGCAAUAUGCUCACACUGCUAGCCUUGGCCUUCCAGCCCAAGCUCCAAACCCGCUUCAACUUACUCAUUGCCAACCUUACACUGGCUGAUCUGCUCUACUGCACCUUGCUCCAGCCCUUCUCAGUGGACACCUACCUCCACCUGCACUGGCGCACUGGUGCCACCUUCUGCAGAGUCUUUGGGCUCCUCCUCUUUGCUUCCAAUUCUGUCUCCAUCCUCACCCUCUGCCUCAUUGCACUGGGACGUUACCUCCUCAUUGCCCAUCCUAAGCUCUUUCCCCAAAUUUUCAGUGCCAAAGGGGUAGUGCUGGCUCUGGUGGGCACCUGGGUAGUAGGUGUGGCCAGUUUUGCCCCACUCUGGCAUAUCUAUAUCUUAGUACCUGUAGUCUGCACCUGCAGCUUUGACCGGAUCCGAGGCAGGCCCUACACCACCAUCCUCAUGGGCAUCUACUUUGUGCUUGGGCUCAGUAGUGUUGGCGUUUUCUAUUGCCUCAUCCAUCGCCAGGUGAAGCGAGCAGCACAGGCACUGAACCAGUACAAGCUGCACCAGGCAAGCAUCCACUCCAACCAUGUGGCUGGAACAGAUGAAGCCAUGCCGGGUCAUUUCCAAGAGCUGGAUAGCGGACUGGCAUCAGGAAGACACAGUGAGGGGAUUUCAUCUGAACCAGUCAGUGCUGCUACCAUCCAGACCCUGGAGGGGGACUCAUCUGAUGUGAGGGACCAGGGCAACAGCAAGAUUGCUAAGCAGAUGGCAGAAAAAAGACCUCCAGAAGCACCUGAAAAGGCCAAGCCAAUCAAAGGAGCCAAAAAAGCCCAGGACUCCACAUCUGAGUUUGGGAAGGUGACUCGGAUGUGUUUUGCUGUGUUCCUCUGCUUUGCCCUGUCCUACAUACCCUUCUUGCUGCUCAAUAUCCUGGAUGCCAAGGUCCAGGCUCCCAGAGUUGUCCACAUGCUUGCUGCUAACCUCACUUGGCUCAACGGAUGCAUCAACCCUGUGCUCUAUGCAGCCAUGAACCGCCAGUUCCGUCAAGCAUACAGCUCCAUUUUACAGAGAGGGCCCCGGAGUUUCCACAGGCUACGUUAGAACUGGACUCCCUGUCACCAGAAUCCAAAACUGUCUCUUCGAGAGCCAAAGUAGCCAGUUGGCACGGGAGUAGGUGAAAAUAAAACUUACGGACUU